ACUCAUUGCUCCACACCUUGUCGCGUUGUAAUGGCUGCCUGCCAAGAACGGGAGGGGAAGGCAGAUUGGAGAUGUCAAGGACAGGGACCGAGGCCAUCCCAGCGCUAAGGAGGGCAAUGAUACGCUUGACCAUCCACGACCCCCUCUGACAAACAAAUCUUGAGAAUUAUCAUCUCUGUAGCCAUCAGCCGUAAUAGACAGACAGGAGAGAAGGAUUCAAGCAGGGAUCGGAAAGGUCACCCACCUCGGACUCAUUCGGACAAAGACCUUCAGCCGUGCGCCACAAUUCCCAGCGGCGCGGUUUGAUGUGUGCGACGCUGCGGUUGAGGGACCGCUGACGUUGGCUUCAAGAACCUCGGCAUGUCCAGCGUCAGCAGCGUCGACAACAAGCAGCCCGGCCUGGUAACAUACCUCACGAAGCCACGCGACUCGAGGGCCACCCUCAGCAAAAGCAGCGAUACGAUGGCCGGACUGUCGCAUCCAUGGCAAGAGCUGAGUGGUGAGGACGCCGACAGCAUCGAGAAGAAGACGACGGGGGGCAGCAGCGCCGGAGGUAGUGGCGUCAGAAACGGUGUUGGCUUGUUCAAGCGGGGCGAUGGGGACCAUCUUUCGAUUGAGAUGGAUGCAGUAACGGGGCACGCGACAGGGCCGGCGCCGGGCCCGGCCGGGUUCGCGUCAGGGCCCGCAGAGCCCGGCGCGGCGGAGACGGCGGCAUCGGCCGUAUCUGAGUACAAGGUAUACAAACGGCGGUUCUUUGGGCUCCUUCAAUUGACGCUGUUGAAUAUCGUUGUCAGCUGGGAUUGGCUCACCUUCGCGCCCGUUGCGAGCCAUGCUGCCGCCUACUUCAACACGACCGAAACGGUCGUGAACUGGCUCAGCACCGCGUUUCUGUUCGCCUUUGCGUUUAUCACUCCUGUCGUGAUCUACGUCCUUCAUCUGGGGCCCAAGAAAGCCAUUGUGACGGCAGCAGCCCUCAUACUAGUCGGGAACUGGAUCCGCUUUGCGGGCUCCCACUCCAGCUCAGGGGGCCUCUUCGGAGUGGUCAUGUUCGGCCAGAUCUUGACGGGUCUCGCGCAACCCUUCGUGCUCGCCGCCCCGACGCGCUACUCGGAUCUCUGGUUUACCAAUCGGGGACGCGUCGCUGCUACGGCCUUGACCAGCCUCGCAAACCCGUUCGGCGCCGCCCUAGGCCAGCUCAUCAUCCCCUUUUGGGUAUCCCAACCCGGCGACAUCUCCCACAUGGUCCUCUACGUCUCCAUCAUCUCCUCAAUAAGCGCAAUCCCCUCCUUCUUCAUCCCCUCCCACCCGCCUUCCCCACCAGCGCCGUCGUGCGAGACCCCCAAACUCCCCCUCCGCGCCUCGGCCAAGCUCCUCUUCAAACAGCUCGAGUUCUGGCUCCUCAUCCUCCCCUUCGCCGUCUACGUCGGCCUCUUCAACUCGCUCUCCUCCCUCAUCAACCAGAUCCUCCUGCCGCACGGCUACACCGACGAGGAGGCCGGCAUCGCCGGCGCCAUCCUCAUCGUCGUCGGCCUCGUGGCCUCGGCCGCCAUCUCACCUGUCAUUGACCGCACCAAGUCGUAUCUGCUGGCCAUCCGCGUCGCCGUGCCGCUGAUCGGGCUGUGCUAUUUCAUCUUCAUCUGGAUGCCCGGGACGAGGGAGGGCGGCGGCGGGGUCGCGGGUCCGUAUGUGGUCAUGGCCGUGCUGGGCGCGGCCUGUUUCUCGCUGCUGCCCGUUGUGGUGGAGUACCUGGUCGAGUUGACGCACCCCAUCACUCCGGCCAUUACAUCCGCGCUGGCCUGGAGUGGCGGGCAGGUGUUGGGUGGUGUGUUUAUUGUUGUGUCGGGCGCGUUGAAGGGUGGAGAGGAAGCGAGUCCGCCGGGGAAUAUGCGGGAUGCCCUGAUCUUUCAUGCCGUGCUGGCAUUGGCGGGGGUGCCAUUGCCGUUGUGUUUGGGCUUGUUUGGAAGGGGGGAGAAGUUGCUCUUGAGAAGGGUCAAGUCGGAUGAAGAGGCGAGGCGUGGUGCCGUGGAAGGGAAAUAAUGACGGACGAUGUGAUGUUUGAUGAGCAGUGGCCGGCCAGCCACGACAUAUCUGGGUAUCUACCUAUACGAUUUUCUUGGGUUUAACCAUGUAUGAAGCAGAUAGCGAGCUUGCGAAGGUCUCACUCCUCGUCAGCGUGAAUCAAGUCGGCGUUCACAGUCAUUCCACAUUACCAUUACAAUAAUAUAUGCUU